AUGUGCAGUCAAACCCGUUUGAUGUAUGUCCAGGCGUUGGUGGAUCAACUUCUGCUGCGGGAAGGGAGGGUGCUGAAGAAAGGAUGGCUGACUUUCUACGACCUUACCCAGACUCAUGGGGAGAAGCGUUUCUUUGUUCUUCGCGACAAGUCAUUUUUGUAUUUCGAGGAUGAGAGCGUCCAAGAUCAAGGGACGAGGUUGUUCAGUCUCAAGGGACUCAAGAUAAGUUAUCAGCCGUCAAGAAACAUUCGGCUGGGAGAGAAUGACUACUCGAUACGCUCAGGCUUCCUUGCUCAAGACAAGAACAUGAGGGGAUUGGAGUUUGAGUGUGAGGACGAUCACGAUGCAGGGCGAUGGGUUCAGGCCCUCUGCUCCAUCGAGAGCGUCCAACUGCUGUCCAGCGUGCCCGAAUUCUCAGAGGAAGGCGUGAGAAGAGAGGAAGAAGACGUGCAGGGGCAGGGUGUGGCCUCGAGCCAACGUUAUCCGCAUGAGAGCGAGUACGGCGGAGGCAAGAACUAUGUGUCAGCUCCCUACAUCGGGGGCAAGAGCAUCUUCGAGCCGCAGGUGCUUUUCGAGAAGGAUGCGACGAAGUCUGACUCGGAGUGGCGCUGCUGGCCGUCGGGGCCGCUGCCGCCUAACGAGAGGAUCAUCGGGAGUGACCAGAACAUGUGCAGUUGGAGUGCCGACGAGGGAGUGCGGGUCGACGCCACGGAGACGAACGGGAGAGUUGGGAUCGGAAUCGGGUUGAAGCAAGCACAUCAGGGAGUGGAGAUCUCCGAAGGGAAGUUCGGGGUUCAGAUCUCUGAGAUCUCAAGCGGGGGGACAGCUGAAGCUGCGAGGCAGGAAGGGAAGCUUCGUGUGGGUGACUACAUCAUCUCCGUAGACGGGUGGUCUUGCGCCCAACGGCACACCUCGGAGGUGGCGGAGAAGCUCUCGGGGCAGGAGGGGACGAGCGUCGAGGUGACAGUGGCAAGGCUGGUUGGCCCGCACAGGCUCUGGGCUCAACCGAACUGGUGGCUGCAGCUGGGGGUCGUGCGGUUCAAGUGCACUUUGCGCAGGGCGAGGAUGAAGCCCCCGAGGCAAGGAGGGCAGGACUGA